GCUAAAUUGACCAAUUGAACCACGCUUGCGCUAACAAAACGGUCCUUUUAAGGGCCACUCAAAUAUUCUACAAGGGAUGCUCAUUCCAUGUUACAAUUUUCUUUACGCCUUCCGCCUCAGUUGGGGAUGCUUGAUCCAUAAUGUGCUUACAAUGAAACUUCUUCAUGCCUACUUUUUGCUUUGACGCAAGGCCAACAAUAUUUUUAAUUUGCUAUUAACAAGUCUGAUUGCUGUAAUAAACAAGAUCAAUAAUUGUGCUACAGUUACCAACAGAUGGUGAAGUUUCGCAUCUUUUCCCCGCCGUGAGAGUAGGUGCUAUCUAAUGACAAGUUUUUUUGCAUUGUCUUCUAAUUUAUUUUUAACGUCAUUUUAAUCGUGGCCUUGACCUUUCAAACAAAGGAUUUGACCAAAUGAUUGUGUAUAGCCCCCAUUGAUUUACACAAAGCCCCUUACUGUGACGUAAGGUCCAGAUUCUUUCGGCCAAUCAGAAACUGGCGCUAGCACAGAGUAAUUUCCAUUUCAGUUUCUAUAAAGACUCUAGUUGCGACACUGUCCAGCCCACCAGUCCAUUGCCGUCUCUAGAAGAUCAGCAUGCCUGACCCCGCGAAGUCUGCGCCCAAGAAGGGCUCCAAAAAAGCCGUCACCAAGUCCGCCGCCAAGCCUGGCAAGAGGAGGAGGAAGGGAAGAAAGGAAAGCUAUGCCAUCUACGUGUACAAGGUCCUGAAGCAGGUCCACCCCGAUACCGGCAUCUCUUCCAAGGCCAUGAGCAUCAUGAACUCGUUCGUCAACGACAUUUUCGAGCGCAUCGCCUCCGAGGCCUCCCGCCUGGCGCACUACAACAAGCGCUCUACCAUCACGUCCAGGGAGAUUCAGACCGCCGUGCGCCUACUGCUCCCCGGUGAGCUGGCUAAGCACGCAGUAUCCGAGGGUACCAAGGCUGUCACUAAAUACACCAGCUCCAAGUAAACGCGAGGUCGCAAAGCCCCAAACCAACGGUUCUUUUAAGAGCCACCUACUUCUCUCCAAAGAGUUUUCCUCCAUGUAUGCUCAUGAAUUAGGAUUUCUUACAUGUAGCAAAGUAACUGAGACUCUGA